UUAGCUCUGCUCCUUUGCGUAAUUCAAGGGCGCAGCCACUCACCGUGAACAAUGACGUCCAUACUGUUGCAACAAUGAACACCGUCGACGAGCGAUAUCGUAAGAGCCAUGGAGGGCGUUUACACCGUUCGGAGAUCAGAGAUGUCAUCUUGUGGACGCCAAAUCUGUACCUGGUGGAUGUCCGGGAGUGACGUUGUAACGAUCUUCGGGGGUGGAGAAAGAGAAGAGGUUGCGUGUCUUAUUUUUUUUUUUUUUCCUAUUUCUUUUUCUUUUUCUUUACUCCGCAGCGUGUUCUCACCCUCUUUUGGACCCCGACACAAUAGUAGUGGAAUCGCAGAACACACAUCCUCCCAUUUCGUAUCCUACCGAAGGAAAGAAAGGGUCCCCAGAAUCAUCGGUGCGCAAACAUUCCACUGCCCCCUUUGACCAUAGGCAGGGGGAUGUUUCAUGUUAUUCCAUUACGGAUACGAGGUGUGUAUGAAAGACAACCCAUUGCGACAUGAUUCAGUCGGUGAUGCGCCUUUGAUCAAUGUAGAUCAGACCAUCCACGGCUGUAUUUCCGGGAUUAAGA